UGGCACCAUUGAAAGAUGGCGUCCGAUGAGGUCGAACUGAUAGAAAGUGAUUCUCCUUUCUUUCCCUCUGGUUCUGCUAUUCCACAGACAAUUCUGGAAGAUCUCUGUAGGUAAGUAGAAGCUACGUGAUGUUAUGAAUUAUUUGAUAUUCUUGAUUUUCACCCUUUGCUUUCUCUACCUCUCCAGUCGAUUUUUGAUCAACAUCCCGGAAGAAGAAAGAAAGGACAUCGUUCGAUUGUGUUUUCAGAUCGAAACAGCCCAUUGGUUUUAUGUAGACUUCCACAGACAGGAGCAGCCAGAUCUUCCGCCUUGUGGCCUUAAAGAUUUUACCAACAUUAAUAUCCUUUUAUUAAAUUUACUUUGCGUCAAUGUAUGAUGAGGGGGGCGUAAGGGUUUGCGGUAUUGCGGUAUUGGGUUAUUUUUGGUGCGGUGUUACGGUAAUUUUUGUUUCAAAGUACGGUGUUGCGGUUUUCAGAGUCCAAGCGGUGUGCGGUAAGUUUAAAUUUAAUGUCGCGGUAGGCGGUGAAAAAAUCGUUGUGUCGCGGUGAUCUGCUUCUUUUUCAUGACAAGAGGAUACAAAUCCUAAAAGGUCUCCCUAGCUAGCCUGCGUGUCUUCCUAUAGUUGCACAGUCGGGGAUCGUACUUGCGCAAACAGUCCAGACAAAUCGUAUGGCUUGUAAUUUCAGUUAAUACUUGAUAUGAUUAACGACAUUGACUUUUUUUAUCCAAUGAUACGUAAACAUGUCGCAAUAUUUAUAACCUUAUGGACCUUGUGGGAAUAGUCAGCUUGGUUAACCUCCUUACCAAUCUUACCGCCACUUUCGUGCCGGUCGUAAAACAAUGGCGAGCGAUCCAGAGGGUCAACUAAGUGAUCAGUCAGAUAUUCCAGCCAAUAGUGAGGUCAGUGUGGUGGUUAUCAAUUGGGUAGUGUCGAAAGAUAAGCUAUGAAGAUGGUGUGGUCUAAAAAUUAUUGCUCGUCCUUCUCGUUGUGCAUGCAGGAAUAUAGAAUGUACUAGUAUUCGUGUGUGCUUAGCCCACGUAGCUUGGGUCCCGGGGAGCGGGGUACUUACUUAUAAGAGGCUAAUAGGGAUGUGCCGCUGGAUGGGGUCGCAUUUUCACGACUGGAUUGACUAUAAUGGGGUCGCAUUUUCAGAGAGUUACUAGAAUGGGGUCGCACAUUUUCUGCUCUUUUUGGGGUAAGACAGUUCUUCAUAUUUACGGUCAGCAAACGUACCAGAAUGUUUGUAUUGUAGAUGAAAAGUAAAGUGUUCUUCAUUCAAUCUAAAAAUGGUCAAUUCAUUAAAAUAGAAGGUGACUAAGUUGGGAUCGCGAAAAUUAAAUAUUUGUCCAAAAGUGAUUAAGAUGGGGUCUAUAAUUGGCCACUGAAUAGACUAUAAUGGGGUAGGGGCUCUGAGAGGCCAGCGGCACAUACCAAGCAAAAAUUAACCCAAGUACUCCUCCGGGCAUGGCAGUUUUCGUGUUUUUGACGGCAGCACGACUGUGAGCUGGAAGCAGUUCCGCCCAAUCUCCUCGCCCGCGCGGCCUUUAUUAUUUAGCGCCCAACCAAAACCGCCAUGCUACGCAGGCUAGUGUGUGCUGUGUGCCCUUCGAAUCCCAAAGGCCGCCCGGGUUGACGUUUUGAAAUCCUCAACAAAGAACCGAGUUAAUUGUGAAUCUGAAACAACCUCAUAAGAGUCAACUGUUCACCGUCCGUUUAUGAUCUAGGUCGUAAUAUAUAAAGUAAUACUAGAAAACUCCUGUUGUAUCAUUUAUGUAAACGUAUACAUGUAAUGAACAAAGUUAAACGAGUGCGAUGAUCUUAUGUUUAUCGUACGCUUGACAUCGACGCACCUUAGUUUGGAAAGACUGACAUAAAAGUAUUAUUUCUAUUUGAAAUGAGGAUUUUUAAUAUUGACAAUGUCAACUUUUUCCGAUUUGUAACUGCGGUUUCGGUAUUUGGCUAAAUUUUGAUGCGGUAUUGCGGUAUUCUCGCGCUACCAUGUGCGGUAUUGCGGUAUUCGUACCCCCCUUACGCCCCCCUCUAUGAUCGAUCGUGACAGUUCGUAGUGAUCAUACGCGAUAUAUGAAAUCUGAUGGACAAUUUGUUUUGCCUGUCGAUUUUAUCCGUAUAAAGUUCAGGGUUUAGUUACUGAUUUAUUGACAAGAUUACUGACUCUCUGGACUCUUGGCCAAACUAACUGGCAAAGACGACCAGAAAGAUCAGACUUUAUUUCCAGCCCUAGAAUGAGGCUUAAUGAGGCUUAAUGAGGCAUAAUUUACGGUGAAACUCAGUCAGCAAACUCCUUUGUUAUUUAGUGACUUGCAAUUGAAUGGCUGGGAUUUCUGAGGUUCAGCUUCAAACUCAUCAGUGUGCAUGUCUCGUUCAAGCCUUAUUUUCCCCAGAAAUUUUUUUCAUUGUAGGUGUUUUCUCAUUAGGGUAAUAAUUAUGAUGAUUGUCCCUCAUGUAGUUAAAAAUUUCCUUAACUUGAUUACUUUUUCGACAGUUUCCUUUUCUUAAUAAAACUGGAGAAGACAUAGAUGAAGUGUUUGAAAACUGGAAGAAGUAUAAAUACAGUGUCCCUGUCUAUGGAGCAAUUUUAUUAAAUCAAAGUUUAGAUAAGGUGAACAUUAGUGAAGUACAGAUACAUUACAGAAGAUAUUAUCAUUCUGUCCUUAUGUACUUUUUUGUAUGAGAAAUAAGUGUCUUACAGAACCUUAUGAAGUUAUGGAAGAAUGAAAACAUAGAUUUUAAGGAAAAAAGGAAAUGCAAAAAAAAGAAGUAGUGGAAGAAGAAAAAACUUAGCUGGGACUCUAACCCAGGAUCUAUAGUGCAUUAGGAGACAGCUAUGCUAUCAAGCUACGAAAACCUAGCUACUUAGAAUUGUCUAACAUAUGCUAUGGAACCCAUACAUGCCUAGAAAUCCUGCAAAAACAUAUCAUUUUCAGCCAAGUCAAUCCACUUUCUGGUCACCAUCUGACCCUGAAUUAUACCCAAAAAUUGACAAAAAUGGUGUUUUCAAAGGGGAGUACAAUGCUUUUGCUAAUGGUAAAUGCCAAUAUCUGAAUUUUGAUCAUGCUGUUUUGUUUGUCAUGGUUUGUCACUAGACAACUUGUGGACACCAAAGCUCCUUGAAUUAAGUCAACGAUAGAUCCCACCGCGUCAAGCUAUCCUCAUAUGAUAUGAAUUCUGAGAGAGUUAUAAACUUACAGCGACUAUGCUUGGCCCUUCAGGCCUUCUUUCAUGAUUAAUAAUUGUGUGAUACAGAUCUGUACUGUGUUUGAUUUAGUGUGUUUUAGUGCAGCCAUUCAUGUCCCGGACCAGCUGGGGUUUUCCUAAGGGAAAAGUCAACAAGGAUGAAAGUGCAUUUGACUGUGCUGUUAGAGAGGUGAGAUGUCAACAUAUACACUGUACAUCCUUCAAGUCUAAGGCACUCUCAACACUCUUACACCACAAAUGUUUCUGGAAUGUUUUUGUAUUGCAACUGUACAUUAAUUUAUUAUUCAUGUGUCUAAAACUUGCUUUGCAGGUCUUAGAGGAGACAGGAUUUGACAUGUCAUUUUUCGCUGACCCGGAUGCAUAUCUUGAACACAAUUUUCAGGAUCAUCAGGUGAUAAAACAUAAGAUCCUAAUGCUAACGACAUGCAUGUACGCUGUAACUGCUUGCGUGCCAAGUCUAUUGCAGGCUUGUGACUACAACAUACUUUGUACUAUUAUAUCAGUUGUUGAGGUACAUGUACUCUAGAAUUCCAAUGUAACAGUGCCUGUUAAGUAAGCCAAAUAGCCUCUGUUUAAUAUUUUGGAUAGCAAUUAGGGACGUUUCCCUAACUGCUAUCCAAAAGAUAAUGCACUAUUGGUCCUUUUUAUUUACCUGUAACAGAGUGACGCAUACUCUCAUCUGUGAUCAUAAAUAUUGUUACCCGUGAUUUUCUUGUGCCUCUAUAGCAGGUCGCCUGCCUUAGACAAACACAUUGCAGUGUUCUGCAGAAAUUUAAUCACUUUUUAGUGGUCUUUUUAGUGGUCCUUAGAACUGUUCAACUUGACUGGCCCUGGGCACAUAAUUUGUUGUUUAGGAACGCAACCUUUUGAAAUGACUCCUGGGUUCAAACCUUUCACAAGAAACAUAAAUGUUAAUGACUACAGUGGAACAGCCAUACAUUUCCUUAUAAAAAACCCCUGUUAAUGCGGUCACUCAUUAAUACGGCCACAUUUUAAAAUCCCAAACAGUAGAAUCUCUUAUAAUUUCACCCUGUUAAUAUGGCCACUUGUUCGAAGCUUAGAAAAUUAAAAUGCCUGUGACAUGUCAAUUUUAUUAACCUAGUACUCUGAGCCUGUUCUUGUACUGUUUUUAGACUACAGUACACGUGAAGUGCACUUGUUGCAAUUUUAUAGCCGAAUUUUAAAAGUGUUUUAUGUACUGAAGGAAAAUGUUUAGUAGUUUUUUCAAUUACUGUAUGCGAUAUCUACAUUCCGGUUGUUUAUUAAUGAGAACAGUUGUUCAAGAAAUGCAAAUGCGAUGUACAGUGUAUUUGUCAUUAUGGCCCUCAGGUCAUGAAAUUUGAGCCAGCCCCGAGAAUAUAGCCACUACGUUAAUACAGACAAUUUUAUUGACCCAUUGGUGACCAUAUAAGCGGGGUUCCACUGUACAUGCAUGUUGUGGAUUCUAAAGUCAAUAAAUCGUUAUUUUUCCAUACAUUGUAGCUGAAGAGGCUAAACUUUUAAACUUUUCAUUAUGUAUCCGUAAUUAUUUUCCCGUUAGGUUAGACUUUACAUUGUCCCUGGUGUUCCUGAGAAAACAGUGUUCCAAGCACAAACAAGAGGAGAAAUUAAGGUGAAAAUAGGUGUCAUUAAAGUUAUCAUUAACAUAUAUUUACCCAUCAUCAAACAGCUUAGUGGCAGGUCCAGGGGAGGGGUCCGGGGGCCUGGGCCACCCCUUAUUUUUAGACCAAACUGAGGCCCAAUGGGCCAAAAAAAUUUUUUCUGGGACACCCCACCCCCUGCAGUUGACUAGGUUGAGAUAUACAUCAUAUAAUACAAUGUAUAUUGCACUUUGUAUGAUUCCAGAUAUACUGGAAAAAGAAAACUUUUAACUUUUCUUUUUCAAAAAGCUGUAAAAUUAUUAGUUACUUGCCAUUUUCAGAUUCUCUUGUUUCCCUUAAGAAGAUUGUGAUUAGGGGCGGUUCUCAUAUUGUGGGUGGCAGCCAAACCACACAUAGGGUGAUUAAAGCAUUAUGAGUACUUGCCCUUCAUCAGAAAUUGAUUCUGUCUGGCAAGGAGCUUGUGCUCCAAAUACAUGUCAGCUUUUCAAUCCCCUUACAGAGGUAAAUGAAUUUUAUCAUGUCAGUUGAUAAAUCCAAAUUUUAGUGUUUCACUCUUCUACAAACACAGCUCCACAUUUUUUUUUUCUCGUAGUAUGCAUACCCUUUCUUAGCUCAUUAAGGCAGACCAAAAUGUUAUUAAGGAGUUUAUAAUACACAUUGUUUGAUCAGUCUUUUGUGCAGUCUUUUUCUUCAGUGAUUUAUGAGGGGGGCGUAAGGGUUUGCGGUAUUGCGGUAUUGGGUUAUUUUUGGUGCGGUGUUACGGUAAUUUUUGUUUCAAAGUACGGUGUUGCGGUUUUCAGAGUCCAAGCGGUGUGCGGUAAGUUUAAAUUUUAUGUCGCGGUAGGCGGUGAAAAAAUCGUUGUGUCGCGGUGAUCUGCUUCUUUUUCAUGACAAGAGGAUACAAAUCCUAAAAGGUCUCCCUAGCUAGCCUGCGUGUCUUCCUAUAGUUGCACAGUCGGGGAUCGUACUUGCGCAAACAGUCCAGACAAAUCGUAUGGCUUGUAAUUUCAGUUAAUACUUGAUAUGAUUAACGACAUUGACUUUUUUUAUCCAAUGAUACGUAAACAUGUCGCAAUAUUUAUAACCUUAUGGACCUUGUGGGAAUAGUCAGCUUGGUUAACCUCCUUACCAAUCUUACCGCCACUUUCGUGCCGGUCGUAAAACAAUGGCGAGCGAUCCAGAGGGUCAACUAAGUGAUCAGUCAGAUAUUCCAGCAAAUAGUGAGGUCAGUGUGGUCGUUAUCAAUUGGGUAGUGUCGAAAGAUAAGCUAUGAAGAUGGUGUGGUCUAAAAAUUAUUGCUCGUCCUUCUCGUUGUGCAUGCAGGAAUAUAGAAUGUACUAGUAUUCGUGUGUGCUUAGCCUACGUAGCUUGGGUCCCGGGGAGCGGGGGUACUUCCUUAUAAGAGGCUAAUAGGGAUGUGCCGCUGGAUGGGGUCGCAUUUUCACGACUGGAUUGACUAUAAUGGGGUCGCAUUUUCAGAGAGUUACUAGAAUGGGGUCGCACAUUUUCUGCUCUUUUGGGGUAAGACAGUUCUUCAUAUUUACGGUCAGCAAACGUACCAGAAUGUUUGUAUUGUAGAUGAAAAGUAAAGUGUUCUUCAUUCAAUCUAAAAAAUGGUCAAUUCAUUAAAAUAGAAGGUGACUAAGUUGGGAUCGCGAAAAUUAAAUAUUUGUCCAAAAGUGAUUAAGAUGGGGUCUAUAAUUGGCCACUGAAUAGACUAUAAUGGGGUAGGGGCUCUGAGAGGCCAGCGGCACAUACCAAGCAAAAAUUAACCCAAGUACUCCUCCGGGCAUGGCAGUUUUACGUGUUUUUGACGGCAGCACGACUGUGAGCGGCGAAGCAGUUCCCGCCCCAAUCUCCUCGCCCGCACCGGCCUUUAUUAUUUAGCGCGCCCAACCAAAACCGCCAUGCUACGCAGGCUAGUGUGUGCUGUGUGCCCUUCGAAUCCCAAAGGCCGCCCGGGUCGACGUUUUGAAAUCCUCAACAAAGAACCGAGUUAAUUGUGAAUCUGAAACAACCUCAUAAGAGUCAACUGUUCACCGUCCGUUUAUGAUCUAGGUCGUAAUAUAUAAAGUAAUACUAGAAAACUCCUGUUGUAUCAUUUAUGUAAACGUAUACAUGUAAUGAACAAAGUUAAACGAGUGCGAUGAUCUUAUGUUUAUCGUACGCUUGACAUCGACGCACCUUAGUUUGGAAAGACUGACAUAAAAGUAUUAUUUCUAUUUGAAAUGAGGAUUUUUAAUAUUGACAAUGUCAACUUUUUCCGAUUUGUAACUGCGGUUUCGGUAUUUGGCUAAAUUUUGAUGCGGUAUUGCGGUAUUCUCGCGCUACCAUGUGCGGUAUUGCGGUAUUCGUACCCCCCUUACGCCCCCCUCAUUUAUUAAUAAAUGUCCUACACUGGUUUGCCUGCUUUACAGGGUAUAGAGUGGUUUUACAUUGGUGACCUUCCAAGCCACAAGAAAGACACAGUUAGUCGGGAGAACUUAGGAUUGAAUCCCAAUGCUUUUUUCAUGGUGAUGCCGUUUGUUAAGUAAGUUUAUCUUCAAGGAUGGUAAAUGAGAAGGGGUGUGGUGUGGUCGUGAGCUAGUUUCUUGCCUUUGUUUGCUUGUCUUUUUUUCCACAUCUUCUCCUCUUCAUGCCAAAACAAACUUCAAACUUGCGAGAAAAUUAUGAUAAGAAAAGUACGCAACAAAUACGUGUACUGCGGGAGUUGUAAAUUAACCGCUUUUCCCGAAUAAGCGUUGCCAUCAAAUAAGCGUCCGCAUAGACUUUCACAAAGUCCUUCGUAGUCGGGCGGUUUCUCGACUAAGUCGCCCGCUUGGGUCCCUUUGCCACCUCACUUUUGCUCGCUGACUUCGCUUGCUUUAGGAUUCCUGACGAACUUCUACCCCGUAUUACUUGUAAAAAAAAUGGUUGACUUGGUGAAAGUCUUGCGUCCACACUGAUAUGUUGGAAUAUUAAAUGAGCACUGCAUUGCUCUUUUGAGUAAAUUUGGAAGCCAGAGAGAAUAUUUUGACCUAGGUUUUACUAAGCGCGACUGAAGGCUGCUCUAGAUUAGGCUACAACCAAUGAUAAUGAUGUGAAGUCCCGUUGCAGGGGAUUAAAGAAGUGGAUUUCAGCGACGCGACAACAACAAACAAACCCAUCCUCUGAGCCAAAUACUAUGGAAUCAACGGGAAAUAAACAGCUUCAAAAACUUUUAGCUAAAGAGGAGCAACGCUUAGAGCAGGAACAGAAGAGAGCGGCCCUCGAAAGAAGGCGAAAACAACAACAGGAUCGGUUCCAACUUCAACACGAACUUAAUCAUCCUCUGCGACAAUCUCACACACAGCAGAGGUCAAAGAUAUUCAAAGGUAGGCCACCUCCUCAGAAUGUGUGUAUAGUUUUCUUUUAACCCUUUGUCCUUUUGUCUUGCUUUCCUGUUGGUUGGUUUUGGGUCGAACUUGACCACAAGUCUUAUGUAAUAAGAUAGAGUAAACAGCGGAGAGUCUCUUUUCUCUUUCUGUCUUUUUAGAUUAUCAGUCGUUGAAGGAGGCAGAAUUAGGGCAUAGAGUUUCUCCAGUUAUGAAGGACCGGGACGACAAGCCGAUGUACAAGAUAUUACAACGACCUGCGGAGGAAGCAGUUAACGAGAAAUCAUUUAAUCCAAUACAACAGUUGUUGUCUGGUAAACUGGGCUAUGGUCCCAUCACGCCAACUCAGCCCCCUACACCCAUGGGCGUAUCCACUUCUUACGAGCCCACGCAUCAUCCUUAUUUCCACCCGCAAGGUAUUAUUGGUAUCAGCCCAGAGCAUGCGUCGCCACGUGUUACCCCUUCGACCCCGCCCUCAUCUUUGCGUCAUAAACAACGGACUGCGACCCCAUCAGAACAUAGCUGGGAAGAUAAGGAGUUCCAGUUCACGUCUCCGGCAUUCUUAAAUUUUAAGUUCGAUAGAAAGUCUAUUUUAGCUUGUCUACCCACGUAGCAGUUAACAGAGGCAAGUUACCGACUCAACAAGGCAAGAAUUCAGGUCAUGCUUGAGUAAGUGGCUCGGUGGUAUUAUGAGUGACGUUAACAACACACAUCUAGGAAUGAGUCAUCUUGGUGACGUCAGUCUCAGAUUGAUUGAACUUUCCGAAGCCUACUGGCUUUUCGUAAACACGAAAGAGUAAACGUUUUGUUCAAAAACAGCAAAACAACUCUUCUUAGACGAUACAAUCUUUUUAAGCUAUUGUUCCAGGCUUUAAAUAAAUUUAGAUAUUGUAAUCAGAUAAUUUUACGGUUUUAUUUUGCAACUUUUGUGAGAUUUCAAGAAUUUUUCCUUUGCCUAAUCUUUUCAUAAUGUGCACUGUAGUUUUAAUUUCACUCAUAUUUCCGUGAGAAUGUUUUAAAGAAUUAAGCAGAAGUACAAUUUUUCUGCAACGCUCGAAUAGUGUAAAAAGAAAACUUUUAACGGAAAACUGGGAAGUUGGAACUUUUCGGAAUGACCUCGUGAUAGUAUGAUACAGUUGGACAAAAAAGUUGCCUUUUUCGGUAGGCGAAACCACCCAAAAGGCAAUCGUCAAGAGUUUCUUUAGCAAGAAAAAGUUUUUUCCUUUAUC